AUGCCUGCCGUGUCUUCGCUGCUGCUGGCCGGCUUCGUAGCCGUCAGCCAAGUUUCGGCAGCUCCUUAUGCUCCGCAACCCAAACCUAUUAGGAAUAUUGACCUGGGACCCAGGCCGUAUUACCUGGUUAACAACAUGACCGAUGGACCUCUCAAGUCCAAGUUGAAUUCGUGCUCGGAGAUGACUAUGAAGCCAUCUACCUUCUCAAUUGGCCAUCGCGGCGGAGCUUGUCUACAGUUUCCCGAGCACUCCAAGGAGUCUAAUAUGGCCGGAGCUCGCAUGGGAGCCGGCGUGCUAGAGUGCGACGUCACCUUUACCAAGGAUCGCCAACUGGUUUGCCGCCACAGCCAGUGCGAUUUGCACACGACCACCAACAUUGUCAACAUCCCAGCUCUCAAUGCAAAGUGCACAAAGCCCUUCACUCCGGCAAAAGAUGGAAAGCUUGCGUCGGCCAAAUGCUGCACCAGUGACAUCACUCUCGCCGAGUUCAAGUCUCUUUGCGCCAAAAUGGACGGCUCAAACGCUACUGCUACCAACCCCAAGGACUACCUUGCCGGUACGCCAGAUUGGAGAACUGACCUGUACGCCACCUGCGGCAAAGUCAUGGACCACAAGGAACACAUUGCCAUGGUCGAGGCUCUUGGCCUUGAGCACACGCCCGAGCUGAAGGCACCCGAAGUCCCCAUGCCGUUUGCUGGCAACUACACGCAUGAAGUAUUUGCCCAGCAGAUGAUUGACAACUACAAGAACGCCGGUAUACCUGCCUCAAGGGUUUUGUCCCAGAGCUUCGAGCUCGAGUCGCUCCAAUACUGGCUCAAGCAUGAACCCGAGUUUGGCAAGAAUGCUAUUCUUCUCGACCAAUCUGGCGACGAAGCAGGCGCGAUGCCGCAAGCUGUCCAGAACUUGACCCUGUAUGCAAAAGAAGGCAUCAAGUCCAUGGCUCCCCCAAUGCACUAUCUGGUUGAAGUAAAGAACGGCACCAUGGUCCCCAGUGCGUAUGCCAAGAAGGCCAAAGAACUGGGUCUGAGACUGAUAACGUGGAGUCUGGAGCGAUCUGGCCCUCUUGCUCUUGUUCAUGCCCAGGGCGACUACUAUUAUACCGGUGUUCAAGAUGCGGUGACCAAAGACGGAGACAUGUACAACUACGUCGACGUUUUGGUGAGAGAGGCCGGCGUGUCGGGCAUGUUCUCUGACUGGAGCGGUACCGUCACUUAUUACGCCAAUUGUUUUGGUAUUGGUCUGAAAAAGGGGGACUAG